AUUGUUAUUUAUUUGGUGUCGAUGAACGGAUCGUAUGAAUAUAUACAUGUAAUGGCCCAUUUUUAUAAUAGGGUGUAGAAAGUGAUAAAUGAUGGCAUCCAUAUGCAUGGAUAAAGCUCAACAUUUUGAAGCAUGUGAUCUGUGUCAACAACCAGUGUCAUUUUUCUGCAGACGAUGCGGGGUCAAUCUCUGUGACCCCUGUGUUACAAUACAUUUACGCGUGAAAUCUAAAUACGGCCAUGAAAUAGUAAAUUUCACCAGUAAGGAUGACGACACAUGUGUCUGUGGUUCCCAUCCCAAAAACAAUUGUUCUGCAUUUUGCAAAACUUGCGAUGCUCCGAUAUGCAUUAUCUGCGUUGCUAUUAAACACAAAACGCACGAAAUAUCCGAGUUAUCUGACAAAAUUGAAGAAAUUUUGAAAAUUAUUGUGAAGGAAAACGAUCGACUUCAGUCAUCUAAACAUGAUUUAGAAAGAAUUCUGAAUCACACGACAAAUAUGUUGUUUUCUAUACCCUCGAUUUAUCAACAGAGGAAAGAUAAAGUAACGGCACGGGGGGAAGAGUGGCACAAAUAUAUCGAGAAAACUGUGAAAAAACUUCACCAUGAAUUGGACGAUAUGCAAAAGGAACACGAGAAUAUACUGCGGAAACAAAAGAAAAAGUUUAAAGAAAUGAUUGGGAAAGUAGAUGAAAUGAACAGAAAAACAAUAAAAUUUAGGAAAUCAAAGAACAUCACAGCAAUGAAGACCUUUGUACCCGUGAUUCAGACACAAAAAAUUGUGAGUGAAGUCUCAAAAUAUUCAUUUCCAAAAUUCUAUGAAUGUAAAGUAGAUGAAUCUAUAGAAUAUAAAUUAAAAGAAAAGGAGUUAUUGGGUAGAAGAAUAUUAGAAGUACCAACAGUUACUUCUGUUAUAGACAGCGGUUUCCCUGCUGGUAAAGAGAAUGGACAUCGUCUAUAUGACUUGGUCGUUACUGAAGAUAACAAAGUGUGGAUGGGAGGACGAAGCGGAGAGCUGAAACUAUUUGAUCUCCAGGGACACUUCCACCACUCCGUUAAUAUUACUCCCCCUGGCUUAUUCUUUUGUAUGUACAAAAAUAAAGUUAUGUUCACUGAUAGAAUAGACAACACUGUGAACGUAGCAUUUGGAAACGGUUCUGUGGUUGUGAUGUUUACUACCGGGGACUGGACCCCAUAUGGCAUCACAAGCACCGCAUCCGGUGAUCUACUGGUCUGUCUCCGUAAAGGCGAUCAGUCCAAAGUCGUUCGAUACAGCAGUACCGGUACCGUGCUCCAGGAAAUCCAAUACAACUCGCAGUGUCAACCUCUGUACGAAAAAGCAGUUUACAUCACCGAGAAUUUAAAUGGAGAUAUUAUCGUAACUGACUGGGAAAAAUACGCUGUCAUUGCUGUCGAUAAAUUAGGUAUUUUCAGGUACUCGUACGCGGAAAAUGAAAACAAGUUUGACGUUUUAUCAUUUGCAGUUAGUGCUUUUGAUAGAAUAGGCUUAUUUCCGGAGAAGGACUUGGCUAGCGUGACGAAAAUCAUAUAUUUUGACGUUAAUUCUGUCGCCACUGAUUCCGUCGGUCACGUCAUUGUAACAGAAUGUUAUGGAGGCAAGAUCCACAUGCUGGACAAAGAUGGGCGAUUUCUGAAGUACAUCAUUCCUGACGCAGGAUUGAAAUGUCCACACGGCGUGUGUAUCCUUGGUCAUGGUGAGAUGAUGGUUGGAGAACGUAUGACCGGGAUCGUCAAAAGAGUCAAAUACUUAAAAGAAUAUGAAUAAAUUAGUUUUAUAUAAUUUGUUAUAGCAAAAGAAUCAAAUAAUUAUGAGAGUAAAAAUAAGUCAGUUUUACACAAGUUUGUUUCUCUCUAAACAAAACACUUUAAAAGUGCAUGCAAUUCUUAGUAAAUCUUUUCAAAUUUGGUCUGAUUUCAUUCAAAAAUAAAAAAGUUAUGGCUGUUUAAGUAUUACCCCCUUUCCCGGCUGAACUACCUUAACCUGUUUCUGUAAGAUUUUCAAGAUACAUCAUGACUUCUUUCAAUCCAAAAGACAUUUUUUCUUUCAAAAUCAGUUUUAACAAGAAACCUUUUUCCCAAUCUGAUGUAAAACAUU